AUGACAUCCAGGGUCAUUCCAGGGAAGUGGCUUCCUUCAAGAGUUGGGCCUACACUGGUCGUAAUUUUCACUCUUAUACCGGCUCUGUGCGGUACCAUUGAUGUGAACUGCACCGAGCCAAACCAACCAGCCCUGCUGAAGGCUCUGAAUCCAGUGUUUAACCUGAGCGCCAUUCGCCCCGUGAUGAACCUGACGACUCCCACCAAUAUCAAAACUUACUUCACCAUGUAUGGCAUACUGGGAGUGGAUGAAAAGGCUCAACUCUUAGAAACAUACAUCUGGCUGCAUUAUUGGUGGCAUAAUGAGUUUGUCAACUGGGAUCCAGUUCAGUGUGGCACCAACAAGAUCUCUCUCCCAAGAUCCAAGUUUUGGGUGCCAGAUAUUGUCAUCAAUGAAUUUAUGGAUGAAAACACGGCCCCCUUUGUCCCCUAUGUAUACCUUUAUAAUGAUGGCAGGGUGCAUGAUUCUCAACCCGUCAAAGUGGUCAGCUCCUGUAACCUCGACAUCUACACCUUCCCCUUCGACAUACAGAACUGCACCAUGACUUUCAACUCCUACUUACACUAUGCCAUGGACAUCCAGAUUUUCCUCAACAUUUCGGCAGAAAACAUUACAAAGAACUCCAAGAGGGUGAUGACCACCAUGGGGGAGUGGGAGCUGCUGGAGAUCACUUCCUUCAAAAAUAACUCAAGGGGAGAUAAGGAAUAUUACAUCGACGAGCUAACAUUCUAUGUCAGAGUGAGGCGCAGGGCCACCCUGUACGUGGUCAACCUUCUGAUCCCCAGCUGCUUCCUCAUCACUGUUGACCUCUUCAGCUUCCUGCUGCCUCCUCAGGCUGUGGAUCGCUCCGCCUUCAAGAUGACCCUGAUCCUGGGCUACACAGUCUUCCUGCUCAUCAUGAACGACCUGCUGCCCAUCACUGGAAACACCAUACCGCUCAUAAAUGUGUUCUUCUCUCUCUGUCUGGCUCUGAUGGUGGCCAGUCUGCUGGAGACCAUCCUCAUCACCAACCUGCUCAACAGCUCUGAUAAUUUAGGACCCCUCCCACGCUGGAUCAGAGUAGUUUUUCUGCACUUCCUGGGCCUUGUUGUUUGCCUGCCUCAGAAGAAGCAGAAGAAACCAAAAGCUUUCGACAUGAAACCCGCAGUACCAAAGCAGACAGUGGAUAUGAGGUCUCCAGAGGUAACGGGGUCAGGUGUGGACAACAAGGCCGUUCAGGAGCUAAGCAGCCUGGGUAAAGACCUCAAGGCCAUCCGCCUCCUGGUGGAGAAACAGAUGGGCACAAGCGAAAGCUCAGAGGAGUGGAUCCAGGUGGGUUUCAUCAUUGAUCGUCUGCUGUUCGGCGUCUACAUCCUCUUCAUAUCAGUCAGCUUCAUUACCAUCAUCAUUAUCUGGGUGAACUCUUACAGUCAGUAG